AUGGUACCAAAGAUCAUCAAGGAUGUGGUGCAUGAUCACAUGGAGAUACCAAUUUAUAUACAGGACUUUGUCGACUCGGUCCAAGUGCAGAGACUGCGCGAUUUGAAACAGGUCGGAACCACAUCGUUUGUAUUCCCCUGUGCCAGCCAUCACAGGUUCGAGCACUCACUGGGUGUCAGUCAUCUGGCUGGCUACUACAUCGAUCGACUCAAGACCAACCAGCCCGAGCUGGAGAUCACAGAGCAAGAGCAAAAGUGCAUCAGAAUAGCAGGUCUCUGUCAUGACCUUGGACAUGGUCCAUUCUCACAUGCAUUCGAGUCCUGGGCUCAUAGAACAGAGGCAGGAAAGUCCUUCCAUCACGAAGACAUGUCAAUCAAGAUGUUAAACUAUCUGAUUGAUGACAAGGGAUUGGACUAUAGCACAGAUGAUAUCAAGCUGAUUGAGUCAUUGAUCACCGGCGAGGCACUGCAUGGACGAAGCAACAGAAGGUUCAUCUAUGACAUUGUGGCAAACGACAGGAACAGCAUCGAUGUGGACAAGUUUGAUUACUUGGCCAGAGACUCAUACUAUCUUGGUCGUGCGAUCGUCUGCGACUUCACACGACUGAUCGAGUUCAGUCGAGUGAUUGACAAUGAGAUAUGCUACUGCAGCAAGGAGGUGUACAACCUAUACGAGUUGUUCCACACACGCUACAGUCUACACAAGCUGGUGUACAGCCACAAGGUGGGCAAGGCCAUCGAGUUCAUGAUCUCCGACGCCUUCAUGAAGGCCGACCCCUACCUCAAGAUAUCGGAGCAGCUUGAUGAUCCCAAGGAGUUCAUCACACUGACCGAUUGUCUGCUAAACAGGAUCGAGUACUCAAAGGAGAAGGAGCUGGAGGAGUCGAGAAGGAUCAUCAAGAACAUAAGGACGAGGAACAUAUAUAAGUUUGUGGACGAGGUCAUACUGCUCAAUGACAAUCAUCUGGAGAUCACUGCAGAGAAAAUUGCCAACAUUGGAUCUGGAAUCGUUCCGGAGGACAUCAUCGUCGACAACCUAAAGUUGAACUAUGGUCUCAAGGAUGCUGAUCCAGUACAACAUACAUCAUUCUAUACUAGAUAUGAUAACUCUGCCAAGAUCAAGGUUGGACCCGAGCAUAUCUCACUGAUGAUCCCAAGAGAGUUCCAAGAGAAGCGGAUAAGAAUAUUCACAAGGAACAAGGAGAAGAGUAUCAAGAUCCAAGAGGCAUUCAGAAAACUAUUGAAUGAUUACAACAUCGAACCAAACCCAUCGACAACCGUCAGUCCAAUGAAGAAGUGA